AUGAGGGCAGGCACCUCAUUGGAUAAAUUAAGCAACAGUGACUCAGAAUUAGAUUACAGCAACUCAAAGGUUGCUAAUUUGUGCUUGAUGGCACAUGGUGGUGAGCUUGCUCUGAUCAGUCUUCAUUUUUUAUUGGUCAAUUCUCGCUUCAUCACCGUCGGAGACGGCCUCAGAGACCGCUUCAUCACCGUCGGAGAUGGCCUUAGAGACCGCUUCAUCACCGUCGGAGACGGCCUCAGAGACGACGCUGUUUUUGACGUCACUCAUUAUGGAGCCGCCGGAGAUGGAUUUACCGACGACACCCAGGCUUUUAGGCAUGCAUGGGAGGAUACGUGCAAUUCUAUGGGCUCGCCAACGAUGCUUGUUCCCCUUGGGAGGACAUUUCUGCUUCACUCGGUGGUCUUCGAUGGAAAAAAUUGCAACUCUAAUCACAUCACCGUCUUGAUAAAUGGUAAUUUAAUUGCCCCAAGUGAACCUUCAAAAUGGAAAUGCACAAAGAAGAAGUGCCCUCAGUGGAUUGCGUUUGCACACAUGAACGGCCUAUACCUCCAAGGCUCUGGUAUAAUCAAUGGCCAGGGUGCCAAAUGGUGGGCUCUCUCCUGCAACCUCAAGCAUCUAACUUUUGAGGACAGCCCACAGAUGCACAUUGCCCUUGAAAGCUCUACCUGGGUUUUCAUUUCUCACCUCUCCAUUAGAGCCCCCGGCAAUAGCCCUAACACCGAUGGCAUUCACAUCCAAGAGUCCCAAAAUGUCUAUAUUCAACAAUCCUCCAUUGGCACAGGUGAUGACUGCAUUUCGAUUGGGAGCGGUUCGGCCUAUCUCAACAUUAACCAGAUUUUAUGUGGACCGGGCCAUGGAAUUAGCAUUGGAAGUUUGGGUAAAAAGGGGUCAUACGAGACGGUAGAAUUUGUCAAUGUUAGCGAUGUCCUUUUUACGGAAACUACGAAUGGAGUUAGGAUCAAGACUUGGCAGGGAGGGAGUGGAUAUGCUAGGAACAUAGGUUUUGAACGAAUAAUCUCUCAAGGAUCAACUCUACCUAUCGUCAUUGAUCAAUUUUAUUGUGAUCAUACACAUUGCACCAACCAAACAACGGCGGUGCAAGUCAGCGACAUUACAUAUAAUCAAAUUAAGGGAACCUCAAGGAAGCCCAUGGCCGUGAAGAUUGCAUGCAGCGGAGAUCUGCCAUGCACCAAUAUCCUGAUGCAGGACGUAAGCAUCGAGUCCACUGAUGAUGGAAGAACCACAUCGUCCUACUGUUUGAACGCCCAAGGAAGGCAGAUCGGCAUAGCUUCCCCAAAUGUCCCUUGCUUGAUGCAUUAUUAA